AGAUACACAUUUACAACCUGAUAUUGAUGACAAGACUUCAGACUCUUAUGAACCUGACAAAGGGGCGAAACAAUUUACCUGCAGUGUCUGUAACAAAAGAUACAGAUCAAAGUCACUGCUCCGAUACCACAUGUGUGAUCCUGAGUUAUCACAAAAGCAACCCCGUAUGGAACGCAAGAAACCACUGAAACUAUGUGAAUGCUCCGAGUGUGGAAAAAAAUUUAGCUAUAACUACAACCUGAUAUUGCACCAGAGAACCCACACAGGGGAGAAACCUUUCAGCUGCUCAAGUUGUGGUAAAAAAUUUACAAGCAAAAGUUCUCUUUGGGGACACACGACAAGUCAGGCAGGAGAGAAACCCUUCAAAUGCUCAGUUUGUGGUGAGUUUUUUAAUCAUGCAUGUCUGCGCUACCACAUGACAUCUCACACUGGAGAGAAACCAUUUGAUUGCUCAAUAUGUGGUAAAAAAUUUGAAUACAAAUUAUAUCUAGACUCCCACAUGACAGUGCACACAGGGGACAAACCAUUUGAAUGCUCCGAGUGUGGAAAAAAAUUUAGCUAUGAUUACAACCUGAUUGAGCACCAGAGAACCCACACAGGGGAGAAACCUUUCAGCUGCUCAAGUUGUGGUAAAACAUUUAUAAGCAACAGGUCUCUUUGGAGACACACGAUAGGUCAGGCAGGAGAGAAACCCUUCAAAUGCUCAGUUUGUGGUGAGUUUUUUAAUCAUGCAUGUCUGCGCUACCACAUGACAUCUCACACUGGAGAGAGACCAUUUGAUUGCUCAAUAUGUGGUAAAAAAUUUGAAUACAAAGUAAAUCUAGAGUCCCACAUGACAGUGCACACAGGGGUCGAACCUUAUGAAUGCUCCGAGUGUGGAAAAAAAUUUAGUAAAAAGUUCAACCUGAUUUUGCACCAGAGAACCCACACAGGGGAGAAACCUUACAGCUGCUCAGCUUGUGGUAAAACAUUUACAAGCAAAGGGACUCUUAUAAGACACACGAUAGGUCAGACAGAAGAGAAACCCUUCAAAUGCUCAGUUUGUGGUGAGUUAUUUAAUCAUGCAUGUCUGCGCUACCACAUGACAUCUCACACUGGAGAGAAACCAUUUGAUUGCUCAAUAUGUGGUAAAAAAUUUGAAUACAAAGUACAUCUAGAGUCCCACAUGACAUUGCACACAGGGGACAAAGCUUUUGGCUGCAGUGCCUGUAACAAAAAAUUUAGAUCAGCGUUUGAUCUCCAAAAUCACAAGUGUGCUGAUGAGUCAUCACUAGAGCAUUCCCGCAUGAAAAGCAAGACACAAGUGAAGUGUUCUGAAUGUGAUGCAACAUUUCCUUCCAUCUCCCAAGUCGAUGUUCACAUGAGGACACAUAAGGGACUGAAAGUGUAUACUUGCUCUUAUUGUGAUCUCCUGUUUGGAUGUGAAAGCCUUCUUGAGAAACAUUUGACAGUCCAUAUAGGACAGACACUAUACAGCUGCUCUGUUUGCAGUGAGACCUUUAAACGCAGUGAUACUCUUGUAGAACACAUGAAACACCACACCAGCCCAGAGGAGAAUCGAUUCUGCUGCAAUGACUGCGGCGAAGUAUAUCGUUGGCAAUAUCAGCUGAAAAUACACGAGUGUCCUGCUAAGUCAUCUCAGCAAAGCACAACAGACUUUAAGAAAAAUGACUGUGGAGAAGCACAACAAUCCAGAACCUUAGAUCCAGAUAGACAAUCCAAACCAGAUACUGACAAAAAGAUUUUGGUAUCUUAUGAAACUAAUGGCAGCGCUGACGUUUCUUUUUGGAAAGAACCCAUUGAUGAAGGAUGUCAAACUGACAAGAAGCCAUUCACUCCUGUUCCAAUCAAGAGUGAAGAUGAUGAAAAGAAACGAUUAAACCCCUCUGAGAACAAUAAAGCUUUUACAGAAAGAGAAAGUCUGAGCCAAUACAUGGCAUUACACACAGAGGUAAACAGGGAGUUAAAGAAGGAGGACCCAGAUCCACACAUUAAAGAGGAACAGGAGGAAGUCUGGACCAAUCAGGAGGGAGAUCACCUUCAAGGACUGGAGGAGGUUGAUAUAACCAAGUUCAUAUUGACUCCUGUUCCUGUGAAGAGUGAAGAUGAUGAAGAGAAACCUCAGUCCUCACAGCUUCAUCCAACACUAACUGAGGAGAUAAAAACAGAAGCUGAUGGAGAGGACUGUGGAGGAUCAGAACCAGACAGGAACUCACACCCAGAUACACAUUUACAACCUGAUACUGAUGACAAGACUUCAGACUCUUCUGAACCUCAACCACAAGUGUGA